GCGGCGCAGGUGGACUGGGCCCGCCGAACCCGCCAACCGCCGCCCCUCCCCCCGGGGCAGGGUCCCGAGGGCGCGGAUGGGAGGCACGGCUCGCGGGCCCGGCCGGAAGGAUGCGGGGCCGUGCGGGGCCGGGCUCCCGCCCCAGCAGCGGAGAUUGGGGGAUGGUGUCUGUGAUACCUUUAUGAUGAUCGAUGAAACCAAAUGCCCACCGUGUUCAAGUGUACUGUGCCACCCUGCUGACCCGCCCCUGCCCAGAAGACUGAACAUCACCACGGAGCCGUUAGCGAGAGAUCAGACUCAGCACCUUGUGAGUGGUGGCGAGAUGAAGGUAGAGCAGCUGUUUCAGGAAUUUGGCAACAGGAGAUCAGAUGCCCUGCAGUCAGAUGGCGUUAGCAGCUCCGAGAAGGGCUCUCCCGCCGUCUCCCAGGGCAGAAGUCCCGAGGGCUUGCCUGCCAUGAAGUCUAGCAGCUCAUCCAAGGCGCCCCGAGUGGUGCCUCUGACUCCGGAACAGGCGCUGAAGCAGUACAAAUACCACCUCACUGCCUACGAGAAGCUGGAGAUCACCAGUUACCCAGAAAUAUACUUUGUGGGUCCAAAUGCCAAAAAGAGACAUGGGGUUGUCGGCGGUCCCAACAACGAGGGGUAUGAUGACGCGGAAGGGGCCUACAUUCACGUCCCUCGAGACCAUCUUGCCUACCGAUAUGAGGUGCUGAAGAUCAUCGGCAAGGGGAGUUUCGGGCAGGUAGCCCGGGCCUACGAUCACAAACUGCGACAGUACGUGGCACUGAAAGUGGUGCGCAAUGAGAAACGCUUCCACCGCCAAGCGGCCGAGGAGAUCCGGAUCCUGGAACACCUCCGGAAGCAGGACAAGACGGGCAGCAUGAACGUGAUCCACAUGCUGGACAGCUUCACCUUCCGGAACCACGUGUGCAUGGCCUUUGAGUUGCUGAGCAUCGACCUUUAUGAGCUGAUUAAGAAGAACAAGUUCCAGGGCUUCAGCGUCCAGUUGGUGCGCAAGUUUGCCGUGUCCAUCUUGCAGUCCCUGGAUGCUCUGUACAAAAAUAAGAUCAUUCACUGUGACCUGAAGCCAGAGAACAUUCUCCUGAAACACCAUGGCUGCAGCGCGACCAAGGUCAUCGACUUUGGGUCCAGCUGUUUCGAGUACCAGAAGCACUACACGUACAUCCAGUCUCGGUUCUACAGGGCUCCGGAGGUCAUCCUGGGAAGCCGCUACAGCACGUCUAUUGACAUAUGGAGUUUCGGCUGCAUCCUUGCAGAGCUGCUCACGGGGCAGCCCCUGUUCCCCGGGGAGGACGAAGGGGACCAGUUGGCCUGCAUGAUGGAGCUUCUGGGGAUGCCACCCCCAAAACUCCUGGAGCAAUCCAAACGUGCCAAGUACUUCAUUAACUCCAAGGGCCUGCCUCGCUACUGCUCCGUGGCUACUCAGGCAGACGGGAGGGUUAUGCUCGUCGGGGGUCGCUCACGUCGGGGUAAGAAGCGAGGGCCUCCAGGCAGCAAAGACUGGGGGACGGCACUGAAAGGGUGUGACGACUACUUGUUUAUAGAGUUUCUGAAGCGGUGUCUUCACUGGGACCCUUCCGCCCGCCUGACCCCCGCGCAAGCCUUGAGACACCCUUGGAUUAGCAAGUCUGUGCCCAGGCCUGUCACCCUAGAGAAGGUGUCAGGGAAACGGGUCGUUAAUCCUGCACAUGCCUUCCAGGGACUGGGUUCCAAGCUGCCUCCGGUUGUUGGAAUAGCCAGUAAGCUUAAAGCUAACUUGAUCUCGGAAACCAGCGGCAGUAUACCUCUGUGCAGUGUGCUGCCGAAGCUGAUUAGCUAAUGGGCCGCGGGGCGUCCAGAGACGCAUAUGUGUGUAUUUUUAAUUACCUUGUAAACCUGCAAGUGGGAAAAAGCGCAAGCCCGUGGUGGAUAUGUUUUUGUUAGACUAGACUACUUCUUUUUAUAACAAGGGCAAAACAUUUUUAUAUGACUGUGAAAGAAUCUUCAAGGGCUAAUCACCUAACCAGCUUGUGUUGGCCCCCUGGAAUGUACAAUAAAUGGCCUUGAAUAGGUCAGUGCAUCUUUGCGAUUACUGUCAGAUGUUUCAACC